AAAAUUUGUAAAAACUUGAGAGAAACCUUCAGCCGGGAUCAUAAUACUGCUGGUACCGUGUACCUCAAACUUUUAGCCCAGAAAUGUCUUCCACGAUAAUGGUUAUAGUGUUGUUUAUAUCAGUAAGUUGCAGCAGCAGCUACAGCAAAUCAGACAAUUCUUCUUCAUCAUCGUCAUCUUGUGGAAAUAUCCACAACAUAAGCUGCCCCUUCAGUCUCAAAGGCCAUCAACAUAAUUGUUCGUAUCUCAUUCGUGAGCUCUCCUGCGAGAAUGAUCUUGCUUCUAUGAUAUUAGAACAAUAUACCAAUAGUGGCUACUAUACCAACCGUGUGUUUUAUGUGGAGGCUAUCAAUUAUGAAAAAUCUUCUAUUCGGAUAGUUGAUUCAGAACUGGUUCAACAAAUUUUUUUAUGUUCACCUAAUAUUGCUCCCUAUCGUUUUUCACGUGGUUGGGAUUUCCUGGGUAGCAAAUUUUAUACAGAGUCCCCCAUUCCGGAAUUUAAUACGCCAGUAACAUAUCUAGACUGCAAAGCUCCUGUCAAUUCAUCGGCUCGAUAUUUACCUGUACGCUCUUGCUCAUCAUCAGCCUCGUCGUACGUUGUUUAUGGUUCGAUGGAUUUAUCAGAAGUGGAGAAUGAUUGUAGGAUUCGGUCGACAACUUGGGUGUCAUCAGAAUGGCCUAGUUUGAAUGAAAAUUCUUUUUUGGACGAUCAAGACAGUCACAGUAGUAUCUACGGAACUGAGCUUCCGUUUGAUUAUCUAUACUGCUUAGGUUGCUCUGUUCCUGUUUCUCUAUACUCAUAUUGCUCGAAGCUCCACAAUGAAAAUUUAAAUGUGAACUGUCAUUUCUACGGCGAUUGUGUUUUCCUGGAUCGUAAAUUGAGACUAAAAUGUGGCCUAGCGUACAACCGGCAAAUGAUCAGAUAUUGGUUGGACGAUAAUCCGUACGUUUUUAAAAUCGCAUGGAGUCUUCUUGGUGCUAGACAAUUGUUUGGAAUAUCAUUAAUAUUAUUUAUGGUAUAUGAAUUGAGGAGAAGGCAUUUUUUGGCGUAUGGCGUCAUAGAAGACUUCCUGCAGACUCAAAAUAAUCUCAUGCCUAUUAGGUACAGUUAUUCAGAAAUCAAGAAAAUCGCCAAUGGAUUCGGUGAUAAAUUGGGGGAAGGUGGCUUUGGCACGGUGUAUAAAGGUAAACUGAGAAGUGGCUUUGUUGUGGCUGUAAAAAUAUUAAGCAAUUCUAAUGCUAGCGAUCAUGAUUUCAUCAAUGAAGUUGGUACCAUUGGGAGGAUUUAUCAUGUAAACAUUGUAAAACUUGUUGGAUUUUGCUUUGAGGGUCAAAAACGUGCCCUAAUUUAUGAGUUUAUGCCUAAUGGAUCUCUUGAUAAAUACAUCUUCUCCGAUGGAGGAACAACCACUUUGAGUUGUGAAAAGAUUUAUGAGAUUGCUUGUAAAGUGGCAUGCGGUAUUGAGUAUUUACAUCGAGGCUGUGACAUUCAGAUCUUGCAUUUUGAUAUCAAGCCUCAUAACAUUCUCCUCGAUGAAAAUUUUAAUCCUAAGAUUUCUGAUUUUGGCCUUGCAAAAUUGCGUGCAACUGAUGAUAGCAUUGUAACUAUGACUGCUGCAAGGGGAACAAUAGGUUACAUGGCUCCGGAGCUGUUUUACAAAAAUAUUGGAGGUGUUUCGAACAAGGCAGAUGUGUAUAGUUUCGGGAUGUUGCUGCUGGAAAUGGCAGGGCAAAGGAAAAAUUUGAAGCCAAUGGUGGAACAAAUUAGCCAGAUAUACUAUCCUUCAUGGAUCUAUGAUCAAAUAAGCAAAGGAAAGGAGAUCGAAAUGGAAGAUGCCACUGAGGAUGAAAGGAAGUUGGCAAAGAAGAUGAUCAUUGUAGCAAUGUGGUGCAUACAAAUGAAACCAAGUGAGCGUCCCACAAUGAACAAAGUUAUUGAAAUGCUUGAAGGAGAUUCUGAGCUUUUGGUGAUGCCUCCUAAACCUUUAAUUUGUCCGUAAGAGAUGCCAAGGGAGCAACAAGAAUUCCAACUGUCUGCAGACUGAUUAUCAUGUUAUUAGUUUGAGGCCUUAAAAGUAUGUAAUUGCAUGUGGGUAAUAACUGUGGAUGGAUCAAAUUUCACUUAACGCAUACAAUAAACCAGAAGAAAGUAUAGUUCUGAGCAAGUAGUUCUAGCAUUUUAGGGAUAGGAGAUGGUUCAUGUAAGCAUCUAGCUUCUACGGACAAUAAGCUUAUUAUUUCUGCCUUUCAGAUAAAAAGGGAAGCUAAGUUUAGUUGAUCCA